UUGUGUGUAUUUUUAGUUUAAAAGGAUUUGGCUUCACUUUUUUUCUUGAUUAUGGAUUUUUGUUUGUUUUCGUUAAUCUUGCGAGAUUUUUGUUUUUUUUUGUUGAUUUUUUUAUUUUUCUUGUUUAUCUCAUUCGUUUUUAUUAUUUUAUUCGUAUUUUUACACGUUUAUUCGUUUUUUCUCACUGCCCCCUGCGAGCGCAAAAAAUUUAUAAAAUAAAAUUAAAAAUUUUUCAAAACUUUACUAAUUUUCUUCAAUUUGAAGGCCCCCAUGGUUGCUCUGCGAUGUGGUCCUCAUGGUGGCUCCAUCAAACGGUGAGAUUUUCCCCAUGUUAUUUUAAAAUUUUAAAUUAAAAAAAUAACCUUUUUUAUUUUCAUGUUUUUUCUUCUGGUGGUGCUUGUGGUGGUGGCCUUCAUGUUGGUGGUGGUGCCUUUUAUGGUGGCGGUUUUUUGUUUUUUAUAAAUUUUAAUAAAUUUUAUUUUUUUUUAUUUUUAAAAAUUUUUUUGUCUUCAUGGUGGUGGUUGCUCUUCAUGGUGGUUGGUGUUGCUCUGCAUGUUGGUGGUUGCUCUGCAUGGUGGUUGGUGGUUGCUCUACAUGGUGGUUGGUGUUGCUCUUCAUGUUGGUGUUCUUCAAUGCAUAUGGAUGCUGGGGUGGUGCUGGUGUCAAUGCUGGAGUGGUGCUGUUUGGAGCUGCUGUGCAAUGUUGGUUUGGUGGAAGUCGUGAUCUGGAUGGUGGUGGUGGUGCUUCUACGAGCAAGAAUCAAUUGGAUGGAAAAAUGCUUGAUUGGGAGAACCUGGAGAAGUUUUUGGGUGGUAAAAAAAGGAGAGGAGUGAGUCAUUUUUGAUUAAACGAUUGAUCUUUGACUCUAGGGCGUUUAUUAUUUUUUAUUUUUGGCAUUCUGUUUACGCCAAAAAAUCUUAUUUAAAAAUCUUCCUUUAUUUCUUUUUUACCUUUCUUUUUUCUCCUUUUAUUCUUUUCCUUCUAUCUUUUCCUUUCUAUUUGAGUCUCACCGUUUCACAAGAAAAUUUUUUCGUUCGACUAUCACCAGAUUUUUUUAAAUUUUUCUCA